CAUUCAUGGCUGCCGAUAAUCUGGAACACAAACUAUCGUCGUUCCUCCCUGCCAAUCUAUCUGUCGAUGGUCUUUACUCAGCACUAAGACAUGGUAGCCAUCAAAGGCCAAUUGCUUGGUCCUGCAAGAACGCUGCUAUUGUUCCGUCGUGGGUACCUGACCGAAAGGUCCCGGGGCUUAUGAAUCCGUCAUUGCGGAUGUUAUCGCUGCUGAUGUGUGCAGAAGGAAAGGCGAAGCUUUGGGAUACGUGCAUGGAGGAUAUCUCGAUGUUCCAUGGACAGAGCCACAUCACACAUGUUCUAUGGAACCAUUCAGGAAACCACUUCACUUCAAUUGAUGAAAAGGGCAAGCUCGUCAUAUGGGUGAACAAGCGAUAUCUCAACGCCUGGCUGCCCGUGUACAUGGUCGUCCUGUUUAAUCCGGUCGUUUGCUGCGAAUGGAUCAAUCCCGAGCGCAUGUACGUGGCCUCAAAAAUGGAUGGACCUACCAAGUAUGAGCGGGAGCGUACAGGACGUCCAAGGAAUCCAUUAGCCUUGGUCGUUCUCAGUUCUGAUGGCCAGUUAACGACGCUGUUUAAGCCUGCGGGACAAUUCUUUACCCACAUCACGACAAAUCUGCCACGCCGGUCUGCAACGGAAGACCUUGCUUCGUCCAGGAUAACACACGGUUCAAUGUUGAGCGAUGCUGAAGGAAUUCACCUGGUUACGCACACCACUAGCAUGCUGCCAUUGACUGUGAACUUUUACCAAAUCGACCUCCGAUUCACGCCCGAAGUCGUGUUUCGCUGUGAUGCGACAGCUAUCUUGCACAAUUCAACCCCUCUCACAGGUCCAGGAUCGGUCAUGACACCGAGUGUGGUUCAACACCUGCAACUUUUGCCCCAGACCUCAACAAGACCAUUGUCUGUAGCAGUUGCAGUGGCGUCGAGAGAGGAGAACGCAAGUGGAGAAAUCAUCUACAGGAGUCAGGUCGCUAUUUGGGAUGUGACCCCAAAGCUGAUGGGAUUUCAUCCGGCAUUUCAGGAGUUAUCGACACGUCGGAAUGAUGCGGUAUCAGGACAGCCUUCACUGGCGUUUGUGAUUCUCGGAGAGCGGCGGUUUGAGAACAAGUUUGUUUCUGCGAUGGCAUUUGUUCCUAGAAGCAGGGAACUUGUGGUCGGAUUUUCAGAUGGCAGUCUGCUCGGAUUGGAAAGUCGGUUCUCGGGGCCGGAACUCUUGGACGCAACUUCGACUUUGCUCGAUGGAUUUCACGCGGAAAAGAAUCAUCAUCCUGUUGUUGCAAUAUGUCCCUCGCCUAAUGGACUCGCUUUGAUCACCUCGUCGCUCAACGGGAAAAUCUCCAGUAUAGACACCUCGGAAUCGUCAGGCUACGAUGUGGAUCUUGACGCGUUGAUACAAUGCACUAUCCUGGCUAUAUUGAAUGAAUGGGAUUAUUCUGAUAUCGUGUCCGUCGUUGUAAGGGCAUCAAAAAUAUCAACAGAUGAUCAACUUGCCGAUCGAUUCGUAGAGGGCAUUUUCAAAAGCUAUGAUAUGAUCAAAGGCGCAGAGGAUUCCAGUAUGAUUGAACCCUUUUUACCAAAGGCCUCCGUCAUGAGACGUAUGCUGUCGCUACAACUGGUGCUCUUUCAGGCACUUCCAAACAAGACUGUUCAGUAUCGUGUAACGUGUGCUCUUCUGCAUUUGCAGUCUAUCGGCGAAGUCUUUUCUGGAUGCUGUAAUUCCGACCCUGCAAUGCUCGCCGCUCACCUGGACCAGGGAUCGAAUGCGAUGACAGGACAAAAGCCGCUCGGGUUUGAUACCAAUUCAUUAUGGUCGCUACUCCCACUUUGUGGAUGGGUUCUCGACUUUUGCACAGUCCUGUUCCGGGAGCUAGCAGUGUUUCUGACCAUGAAGAGCGCCUCUUCCGCCAAUACUGGGGUGUCGACGCCGACGAUUCUCUGCUUCCUGUAUCACAGUCGGGCAAGGAAGACCCUCCGCUCUGUCUUGGCACUUAUGGAGCAAUACUAUCACUUUGUCAGAAUCCGGGAACAGCUCUAUCAUAAGGUGGUCCAGACGGGCGGAGCGAUUGAAGGACCUGCGGGCCAGGGACAGGGACAGGGACAGGAGAAAGGUAACCACACCAACUCGAUGAGCAUACCCGAGGCGGUGGCGAUGAAGGACAUCCAGAUCACAUCCCUAUCCCAGUAUGUUGAAGCCGCAUUCACGAGAUGUCCACUCAAGGUUGGGGUCGUCAAGUCAAUGCUGCGGGACCUGAAUGGACUCAGCGGGAGCCAUGUUGAUCCAGCUCGUGCCAAUGGAGCCGGCGCCUUGAAUCGGCCUGCGGAGAAUGAAGUUCUGGAUAAGGCGGCCUCGGAUCACGGAGUUUUCAUUAAGGGAACGAUCCCCUCUGCCAACAGCAACGCACUGGCACAGACAAGGAACGAAUUGAGAGGGAUUACCCGAAGGUAUCCAACGCUGUGGGACAUGAAUCGACUCAUGUUCGUCACCAUACACUGGCUGGAUCUGGAGCCGGCUAAUACGUUGAUGGCAGGUAAAUCAGGACCUCGAUACAAAGCUUUGGCGAUGCAUCCUUCCCGAUGUCGCAUUGACCCGGUAGCGGCACUCAAAACACGAGUGCCGGGUCCAAUGUCCUCUGGGGCAGGACGUUUACCAUACGGUCUUCUCCAUCACCAGUCCUCGAAUGGCAGUAUAGGGAACAUGCCCCUUGGGCCUCGAGGCUCGAUAAGCAGUGCUUCUGGAAAAUCUGCGAUGCCCAGCAGGGUCUUUACAGAGUCGCCUGGGGAGAUUCUAGUGCCUCAGCAGGGAGCCCAUAACGGGCCUCUAGAUUUGAGUAAUGCUCCAGAUUUCGGCCCGCAAUCCAUCUGGGGGAUCGCUCUGGACGAGAGCGAUGACGAAACAGGGGACGAUCGCCGAGAAGACCGAGAAGAUGAGAACGAGCGAAUCAAAUCUGUCUGGCACAAUUGGGUUGGUACGCUCCACGGACAACAACAGCACGGGCCCAAUGGGGCCACCAGGGUUUCCGGCAACGAUGACGGUGCCGAAACGGUGCCUGACGAUGAUAUUAUUUUGGACGAGUCGGGCGAAGGCGAGGGCGAAGACUCGGACGAGGACCCGGAGUGGGAUGAGGAAAUGCAGGAUGUGCAUACGAGCAACGGCUCUAGGCACGAGAGCAAGGGAGAGAUUGUCCGCGGGAGGAGAUCGUCUCUGGGGGCGACGCUUGGUCCAGGAUCCCAAUGGUUGCUUCAGGAAUCACGAACGAUUUCCGAGAAGACGUCGUCUGAAUGGACGGUGUUCCCUGUCUUGAGUGAGGAGCGGCCGUGUGCGGGAGCGGAAGUCGAUGAUUCCAAGGGUCGGAUGGCCCUCCUGGGUCUCAGCGGGCACUUUGCGCCGUUGGAUCUCCAGGCCACGGAAUUCCGGGUCCACUCUCAGGAGGAGAUCGAGGCUCAGGUCCGGAAACGUCGGUUCGGUGUUGAUCCCAUUCGGAAAGUGAAAAAGUACAAGACCACCGGCAAUGGCAGGAGAUGUGUUCGCUGUCUUCAAAUAUCGACAAACAACAGCGUGAAUCCUCGGGCUGUUCACAGGCGAGUCCUGCCCCAUCAGAUCGGAUCGUCUCCGAGUGUGAUACCGGAUAUCGCAGCGGCCACUCUCUGGUACCAUAAUUACGAUCGAUCAUGUAUUUGUGGGGGCAUGUGGCUCGAACUUUAGGGUGUAGCUCCAUGUUUCCCUUCCUUCUCAUUAAAAGAUAUGGGAUCGAGUCAAAGUAUAUUAUUCCCCUAUUCUUGAUCCCCCCGUUAACGGCUAGACUAAGUCUACCUUUUAUUCUGUAAAAGGAGGGCAGAGUGG